AGGAGAGAGGGAAUGAUAAGGGAGUGGUAAAAAUAUUCUCAUCUAACACCUUGUAGAGCAACCACCAUGACCAGAUCCACCACAGCACCACCACAACUAUGACAAUACCCACCACCACCACCACCACUACCACCAGCAGAUGAGGAGAAGUGAAGGAGAAGGAACAGGAUUAUUUUCUUUAUCUGCAAGGCCGCCAAGGUCAUAAUAGGCACGACGAAUGCAGUCCAGUAGGUCUUCAGAGCCUGGAGAGAGAAGAUGUGGGUGUUAAUGUUCUUUUUCGCCAGCCUCUGCCCUCUCUUAGCAGGCAGCAUCCGCCCUGGGUCACCAGACGACAGGUCUUACGCACCCCUCGGAGGAGGAGCAGGAGGAUUUGUCAGUACCCCGGUGUGUCCAGCGGCGGGUAUGACAACCCUCCGCGAUUUCCCACACUGCGACAAGUACCUUCAGUGUGUUGAGGGCUCGGAGACGUCAGGGGAGUGCCCUCAAGAGCUGCUCUACAACCCCGCCCUGGCUAACGAGACUCAGCCCUGUGACUUGCCCGACAACCUGGAUGCUACUGACCUCUUCGGCUGCAGCAGAGUCUUUGAUUUACUGCCAUGUCCCGCGGAGGGCGUGACAACCGCCGACUACGCGCACAGCUGCGACAAGUACUUCACGUGUAUGGCGGGGAACCUUACGUUGAGGCAGUGUCCGGCAGGGCUGAUGUACAACUUGGACCGUGCCAACGACGCCGAUCCCUGCGUCCCGCCCUACGACCUGACUGUGCAGAGGCUGGCUGAGUGCUACCACCUCCAAACACAGACAGACACAAUCAUACAAUUAUCUCCAGGCUCUACAUGUCCCACGGAGGGCGUGACAACCUUCUCUGACUUAUUCCGCUGCGAUACCUUCUACGAAUGUGUUGGCGACGGCUCGAAGGUGUCCAGGCAGUGUCCCGCGGGGCAGCUGUACAACCCCGCCCGUGCCCACGACGCCGAUCCCUGUGACAUUCCUGCAGCGUUGCAAGUCUCAAGACUCCUGCACUGCCAAUAUGAGCUCGUGUCCGGCCAGUGCAUCUCCGGCUCCCCUGCACCAAGGUGCAUCGGGCGGUCUCCGUACCACCUUCCUGACGAAGGCGAUGACCAGUGCCGCAGCUUCUACCAGUGUGGCGGCGACGAGACCACGGCGACCCGCAGGGAGUGUCCCGCCGGGCUGAUCUACAACGCUCGCGCCUCCGCCAACUCCUUCCCGUGCGAGUACCCCGAGAACGUGUCCUGCGGCAGCCCUGCCACCUCCACGCAGGGCGGGGAGGAGAAGUACACGAAGGUGUAUAACUUCCACACGCGUGUGAGUGACAUACGUGACGUAAAUUUCUAUUUUGAGUGACAUCUCAAGUAAUGGACGGCUUACUCUUUUGAUUUUGCGGCGCCCUUGUCAUUAAGACGCGAAUUUUGGAAAAGCAACCGCUUUGGUGCGAAUCGCCAUAACUUCCUUAUUUCUGGGGCUACAAAAAAGUUUUUGGUAUUAAUCGCAGAGUUAUAUGCUAGAGUCGAGCCGAUCAUUGUGUUGAUGAGACAUUGCUGCAUAUCAUCAUCACAAAUUUAUUGCACAUAGGUAUACCUACAAUAAAAUAAUGAGAAAAAUACAUGGGAGUGUAUAUACAUUUUUGUUCACCUUUUUUGCUUCAACUCCUUGUCAUCCAUGUACUUUUUAUUGCAUUAGAUUUUCGUUUACAGUUUCAAAUUCAGCACAUUUUUCCAAUUCUGAUGGUAUAUGACAUGUACCAAUGUAACAAUAAUCAGGGGGUAAAAAAUGGACAAGAAAAUAACAAGUCUAUCUGACGGAGGAUCGCCGAGGCGCUGCUAAUUUGAUAAUAGCAGUAGCAGACAUAACUAUGUCAUGUUAAAUUUCUCUAUGUCUCGCCAUCCGUCACCCUAAGAUGGCCGCCAGUUGCUUCAAAAUCCAGGCUCUGGGAACCCUCUAUGUAUGUGGUAUUAAUCGACGGCAAAUAAAAGGGUAAAAAAUCGAAUAAAUUCGCAAAAAACGACUCUGAAAAAAAACUAUUUUUGAGUUCCCAACCUUAAAGCCCACUCCUUUUUUUUUUAGCUUUUCAAAAAACGUAUUUAACAAAUGAUUUAGCCCUGCCAAUAUGCUUUCCAAUAUAUUGCAUAACAUUUCUCUGCUCCCAGUAGUUUCGUCGCUAGAGCUCGAAACGUGGUAAUCUUUGUCAAGAGCGAUUUUGACGAACUCCAGACACUUUGCUGUUUUUGUCUAGUGUGGCCUUGCUAUUGCCUCUAGAAGGCUGUAACUUGGGAUGUAGCCCCUCUUGGCAAUGUAGGUUGACCAACUCGAAGGAUGUUUUGAUAGCUCGAUUCUAAAUUCGUCGUCGAGCCGUCACAAAAUAGCGUGUUUUUCGGCCCUUUUGCCGCCAUUUGGACACGUCCUAGUUUUUUGCUUAUAACUUUUUUUAUUUAUUUAAUACUUGGCAAUUUUUUUCCUGAUUAUUAAUCUAUUAAGAGAGCUUUCAUUUGCCACCAAGCACGCCCUCGUAGCUUCAGUAGUUUUCGCUCGAGCUCGACCAGAACUCGCGACUGACAUUCGCCGAAUCUGACUCAUUUCACGCGCCGCGACGAAAACCCUUCCUGACGCCACAAAAAUCAAUAUAUCUGCAUAAAAAAUUAUAUAUAAGCACUUCAAUAUGUUGACUAACUUGUA